AUGCAUUGGCUAGCUUGGAGAAAACUGUGUCGACACAAGAGGGACGGGGGUUUAGGCUUCAGAGUCAUCGAGGAUUUCAAUACGACUUUACUAGCAAAACAAUUAUGGCGAUUAAUGGAUAAUCCGGAAUCCCUUUUCGCUAAAGUGUUCAAGGGACGAUACUAUCGGAACUCGUCUCCCAUGGACCCAAUACGAUCUUACUCUUCGUCAUAUGGAUGGCAGAGUAUUAUCUCUGCUCGACCUCUGGUUCAAAAAGGGCUUAUUAAAAGAGUCGGUUCAGGAUCGUCUAUCUCUGUAUGGUAUGAUCCUUGGAUUUCUGACUCUCGCCCGAGGUCAGCUAUUUGCAAGGGUUUUAAUUUCUACCCCCAGUUAAUGGUGAGUCAGUUAAUUAAUUCUCGGUCAUCAACGUGGAACCUUCCACUAUUACACCAAUUGUUUGAGAGUGAAGAGAUUGCUCGUAUCACUGGUAUCACAAUUGCAACCAGUUCCAAACCCGAUCCUUGUGGAUGGAUAUUUACAAAAACGGGUCGGUAUACGGUCAAAUCGGGGUAUAGUUUGUUACAAGAGUUAACGGAAGCUGAGGCUCUUCCGGUCUUUGGCCCGGAUACACGGAAACUGCAAGCACAGUCAUGGAUGGUGUUUUCGAACGAUGAUCAGGACCCGAGAGAUGUCCUUGAAUCGGCAAUAACUGAGGCCCGUGCAUGGGCGGCUGCCCAAACGGUGCCCGCGAGGGAAUCACGGAACUUGGUCCCUCACACGGAACCAAAUUUAGUGGCUGAAUGGUGCCAAGUAGAUGGGGCGUGGAAGGACACAGAUUGUCGGGUGGGACUAGGUUGGUUCAAUUUUAACCCAGACUCGGGUUCUGUUUUAGUGGGUGCUUGUAAUCUAAGGCGAGGGUUAUCACCUUUACAGCCAGAGCUGGAAGCUCUAGCUUGGGCUAUGCAAUGCAUGCUAGUCCACAAUAAACGGCGAAUGAAUUUUCAAACAGACUGCGCAGAUUUGGUGAAGAUGGUGUCCACACCUAGAGUGUGA